AUGUGUCCUCUGUGCCGCAAAAUAGGCAUCAUCGAGCUCCCCGUCGCCGCCCACCACGCCUUUUUCUUUCUAGACGGCAGUGUUUACAUCAACCACGGAUCUGCCACCUUGCCGAUCUGGAAAGACAUCGACGAGUUCUUCUAUUUCCACACGCUAUUGAUGGUGGGAAGAACAAACUAUGAAGCGGGCAUGUUGGCCCAGCAUUUGUGGAACCAGCGGCUAGACGAGUGUGAGGUGGAGUAUCGAAAGAACGAGAAGAGGUUUAUGGAGUUGAUCGAAAAAGGCGAGUUUCCUGGAUCUCCAAAUUAUAGAUACGGAGAAGGUGAGGGAGGUGGCAGUCCCGUGAGCUCUGCGGGCUCAGUGAAUCAGUUCAAUGGAUGUGGACUGUCCAAGGGUAUAAGGAAGAAGGAAAGCAACGAGGAGGUGCCUCGAAAGAUAUACGGGCUUCCUUCGCCUGAGAAGCUCAAAACAGCCUUGACAAAGAGCCAGAAGAAGAAGUUGGCCAAGUCGAGGAGAAACGUGGCCAAGAAGUUGCAGCAGUUGGCUGACUAG